AUGAGCUGCUCCUGUCGCACGGUCCCGCUGAGGACCUUUCUCAGCGGUCUAGCCCAGGUCCACAGACUCGAAGGGACGGCAGCAGCUCCCAUCCCUCCUGUCCUUGCUCGACUCGUACGGCCGACGCCGACGCGACUCACCGCCGCCGCCGGAGCCGGCAGACUCAUCUCGGCCCGGCUCUUCCACCACAGUCCGAGGUUCCUGCAGCAGCACGAGAAGUCACCACGGCAGCCGCCGCAAGAGCAGGAGCAGGAGCACCGUGACGGCGCCAGCUCCGAUGCGAGCGCCGACGAGCACCGGAAGCAACCGCAAGAAGGGGCACGCGGGUCCGCAACGGGCGGCGUAGACCUUGCAGAGGGAAGAGCGCGACCCGUCCACGGUGGGACGACGACGACGACGACGAGCCGCCACGCACCCAGCAACAUGCGACACGUAAAGCGUACGAGGGGGGCUGGGCCAUCAAUCGACGGUACCAGCGGCGACAAACCCUUCAGAAGCCAUCGCCCACCCCAGAAGAGUCGCAACAGCAGCAGCAGCAGCAGCAGCAGCAAUGAAAGAGAUGGGGGCCGCCACGGAGAGGACGAGGCCCCGCCGGCCGGCAAGGUGGAGAACUGGCGGGUGCAAAAGGAGGCGCUGAAGACCAAGUUCCCCGAGGGCUGGCGCCCCCGGAAGCGGCUCUCGCCCGACGCGCUGGCCGGCAUCCGCGCCCUGAACGCGCAGUUCCCUGAGGUGUACACGACGCAGACCCUGUCGGACAAGUUCGAGGUGUCGCCCGAGAACAUCCGGCGCAUCCUCAAGAGCCGGUGGCGCCCGUCGGAAGAGGAGGAGGAGGACCGGCGCGAGCGCUGGGAGCGCCGCGGACGCAGCGUCUGGGAGAUGAAGGCCGCCCUCGGGGUGAAACCGCCGCGGAGGUGGCGCGAGGAGGGCAUCGUCAGGGACCCCUCCUACCACGUCCGCAGGAGCGAGACGGCGCAGAGGGAACGGAGCCGCGAGGAGGACGACAAGGACAGGUACAGGACGCACAGGGCUCGGGUGAACCGCAGCAAUAACAAGAUUUAG